UUUUCAGUAUGAUGAAUCAUCUUUGUUUUUUAAUUAAGUCAAGCAUUUCUCACUACUAUCGAGUUUAAUAACGCUGAUCCAUAAAUAUUUGUGUUCACCUUGCAACAGGGAGGUCGCAAACACCCCGAAACUUUCCCAAACUUUGAGGAAAACCACAAAUUUUCAUAUGACGGGAGAAAUCUAAAGUUCUCCAAAACUUGGGAAUAGGCCUAUCUCCCCGGGUUGUUUGUUACUUACUUAAGUGAGCGACCCAUUGGUCAGUUGGUUAUUUGUUUAUUUAAAUCCAACUCUUUCUCUCUCGCAACUUCUAUAUUCCAAGAUCUGAGAAUUCUUAUGUUGGUAACUGCUCUGGCUAUAGCUCCUGUUUCCAGCAUCCGCACUGCCAUUGGACAAACUCAUUCACGUAUCAUCAGGACAUACCGGCCUCUGAAAAACCAUCGAAUUGAUUAGAAUUAGUGCAGCUUAGUGGCUAGACUAUUCACAUUAGACCUGAAACUGAACCGUUUCAGCUCAAAGAAGUUAUUUGGUCUAUACUAGCUGCAGACCAUGGUCUCGCAUAUUUUGGAUGGCACUUGUUAGUCAAGUGUUUAGUGUGAUUGACCAUGAAAUAAUGGUGUGAUAAACAUUAAUAUAUUAGCGUUCCACUGGUCUGUUCUAUAAGCUAGGUCAGUUUCUCAAACAAUUAAGAUUACGAAAUGAUUUUAUAUCAUUUUUCUCUAACAUAGGGAAUGAGUUUUAGCAAAGUCGAUAAACAACUAGAUGUUUUUGUUAACAAGUUACUGGAGUACUUGAAGUCAUGUUUGUUGUUAACCGUCAAUUGAAAAUAACUUUAAGAACUACCUGAGGUAUAAGGUGAUAUGGAUAUGUAAUUUCUCUGUUCUCCAUACUCAGUUUGUUUCCUAUUCCUCCUAAUAAUAUGUUCUAUAUUUAAACUUCCCUGAUACCAAUUAUCCUGUUACUAUUCUUACUUAUUUGGAAUUAGUCCUGACAAUUUCAUGUCUCUUGAAUAGUGUGAAGUGACAGCUUGAAUCGAGUUUCACACUGCGCUUGACUAGCUAAAUUUACAGUUCACACAUUUAUUUCUUGGUGGAUAGCGAUAACUUCAACAACCAUGAACGCUCUCAGUGAAGUGAAUUGAAGAUCAGAAAUAUUGCAACAAACAUAAUGGAGUUUUUGGUUUUUAAAUAAUCUGAUUGAUCUUUAGUAUGAAAAUGAACUCAUAUUUUAGUACAUUUUUAAUGUUUUUCCUGUGUCAAAAUUAUUAAAUAUAGUCAAAGAAAAAAGGUCUGAGUCUCGAUGAAAAGCGGCAAAGAAUGUUGGAUUUUUUCUACGAGAAAAAGGACUUUUUUCAACUUAAGGAAUUGGAAAGGCUAUGCCAGAAAGAAAAGGGUAUCAACUCUAUGUCUGUAAAGGAUGUGUUGAUGAGCCUUGUUCACGACGGUUUGGUCGAUACUGACAAAAUAGGGACUAGUGUUUAUUUUUGGGCGUUUCCCAGUAAAGCUGCACAAAAACUUAGAAACAACAUAGAAAAAGUAACGGAAGAUAUUAAAAAUACACGCAACCAGAUUUCUAAGACAACUAAAGCAUUGGAUGAAGCUUUGUUGAAAAGGAAAGAUACAGAAGAGCGAAACAGAGUUAUAAACAAGCUAACUGAACAAAAGUUGUUGCUUGAAUCUCUCAGUUCAGAGCUUCAGGAUUUAAAAAAAUACGACCCUGACCGCCUGUUAGAGCUAAAACAACAAGAAAUGGUGGCUGUUGACUCUGUUAAUCGUUGGACGGAUAAUAUAUUUAUCAUCAAGUCAUGGUUAAAUAACAAAUUUUCUCUCGAUGAAGCUACAUUCUGUCGCCAGUUUGGAAUACCUGAAAAUUUUGACUAUAUCUCUUGAAUGUUCCAUGGAUAUUAUAGAUUUCCUUAACAAUACAUAUUCUUUUAAUUAAUAAUGAC